AUGGUGCCCACGGAUAGAGAGCUCAGAUACGUGAUUGAUCACGUCUUCCUGCCACCCCAAGUCCACGAAGAGAAAGAUGACUUCGAAGUCGGCAGGAGCAACACUCUUCUUUCUAUGUUUUUAGAGAGUCUAAAAUCUUACCACGUAUUGCUACCGGUCGCAAUGUCCCCGAUCUGGAAGGCGUGCGUCGAUAUGAUCCAGACAAUGUACGACCUGCAAGGCUCCUCUCUUACCCUAGACAAAAAGGGCCUUCUCGCCAAGUUUGACGCGUUGGGUGACGGAGAUACUAUCGCACUGCAUAUCCGAGCACAGAACGCAGCCCUACUCGUCCACCAAUACGACCACGAUACUACAUUCGAAACCUUCGAGCUUUCUCCAACUGCUGGAGGGGUUAUGGCCUGCAAGUCGCGUCUACGUCGCUCGUUCCCAGGGCCCGCUAUACACAUCGCCAAUGCUGUUUUCGAGGAUGCAGCAUUCCGUGAGCCGCUGGCGGAAAUGCUCGUGAAGCUGGAUUUAGAGACGCCCACUGAGGUGGCCCGGACUACCACGACAACCAAGUCUGAUUCUACGGUCUCAGAGAGUCGCCAAGCCACUGAUCCAAUGAUGGUAACCGGCCUUCUUACAGGCGCUUUGCGUGCUGCCGGCAUGCCAGCCUAUAACGUGGUCCGCAUUGAGAAGAACACGCGCGACGAUGUUCUCUGGAAAAAGGCAAAGAACCCAUGGCGACGAUCGUCACUGUGGCUUCUGCUUCGCGUCGCCGUUGAGACAACGUUAGCCCGGACUGGUAUACAUGAAGGAGCUCGCCAUUACAAGUCGUUUAUGAUUUUCUUCUUGAGUCAGGUUCUACAGUCCGCUCUCGAUGAAUCAAGCGGCGUUCCGAGCGACUUGCUCUUUGUCAUGAAAGCAAAGAUCAGCCGGCGCAUGUUGAAAUUGGGUCGGACGCCCUCCAUACCUAAGGUUGACGAAAUUCUCCGCUCGACUCGAGAGAGGCUGAACAGCACCUGGGACAAGCUGCAGAACGACAAGGACCCGUAUCAUAUCUGGAAGUCGUGGGAUAUGUUCCAAUCAACCAUAUCGUUUUCCGAAGACACAAAACUUGAGCUCAAAACUUUCCGCCGAUACCUGGAAUCCCUUCGCGUCCGAAACCUAUCUGCCGCUACCGAGGAAGCAUUUCAGCCUGAACAUUUGAGUCGCAUUCACUUGUGCCACAUAACGCUCCCUAUCCUAGACGACCUUCUCUUUGUCGGAUCCCACCAGAAGCAGGUUCUGCUCACUGAUUUCGAAUCCUGGGUCGAUGCUUGCCUUUCCGGAUGGCUAGAAAACAACAUCCAUCGCUCAGACACGACGGCCGAGCUCGCAGACUUACUAAAGCAGUAUCCGGAAAUAGCGCUACAGGUAUACGAAGGCAACCCUGUGCUGUUAUCCACGAUGUUUCUCACAGCUAUGGAACUUUGGGUCGCAAUGGACAAGUCCACCAUCACUCAGUAUUCUCUCGUCGCUGGCUAUUACCCGGGCUUCCCAUCCGGAUUCUUAGAACCACUUAAUUUACCUUCGAAGCGACAACUGGCCCGACUGUCUUCAGUAGAAAAGUACAUGAAAUCUCGGGACACUUCAACCAACCUGGGGACCCGCGUCCACUUCUUGUCGUCCGGAUUUAAUAGCCUUCCAGUGCGCUAUUACGACAGCCCGACGAAUUACAAACACAGACAACUGCGGCAGCGCAUAGAGGAUGAGGCGACACAGGAUCGACAGGAAAAGCGGAACGAAUUCAUCCGGAUGAAAGCCGAGUACGAUGAUCUUUCAAACCAGGUCGCCAACAUGGGUUGCAAUGAUUCGACAUCUCAGAAAGGUGGACGUUGGCGCAUAAAACACAAGAAGAAGAAGUGCAAGAAGUGCCAAAUGGAAACAAGUAUGAAAUCAAUGAAGAUCGAUAUUCACGAGUGGCCGUUACCUUCCGAUAACGUACAGGCCAAACUGGUGGUAUUCGAGUUGGACGUCCCAGAAGAAAUCCGACAAUGGAGAGACGCCACAUAUCGGCUGCAAGCUGAACUUCUUGCUAAGCAGGCCUCUGUCUCUGAACAACAGCUCUAUUGGCUGCGAAACUAUGAUGAUCUGCGCAAUCAUCAGAAGCCCACGCUAGGAAGAUUGCAGCUAGGAUCACACGCGAAAUCUUUCACAGUCGCGCACUACAGGUCAGUGCCCAUCUCGACCGCCACCGAGGAAGACGUAUUGGUAAACCAUGGCAUGAAAUAUGAUAUACGGGAUUGGGAACGAGAGCGAACAGCAAGCCAUUGUAUCGGCGAUUUCAACAUUCGCGCUGCGUGCACUUUCAAACUCCCAAGCGGACCUUACAGCCAGCUUCAAGACACAAUCGCCAACACAACUCAUACUUCAAAUGAAAUUAUAGCUCGCCAAUCGGAAUGUUCCCCCGCAAUGACCCUACACGAAUUCUAUGCGUUUGGUGCUCUACGUGCAGGCCAUCGCCUUCAGUGGAUCAACAUGGCGAGGGAGCUGACCGAGAAUGUAUUGCCUUUCAGCCAAUACGAGGUGUGUGCUUUGUUCCUCCAAGCUUCUCUACAGGCUGGGCCUGCCGGGAAAUCUCCAAUUCUUCGAGAAUCCCACGAGUUAUUGGAACAAAAGCAUAUUAGCCUAGAGCUACUCACCGCACUUGAAGAAGGUCUCUCGGGCGUAGAAGCAAACUGGCAAGGCGCGAUAGCAACCCGCUUGUUCACCGUUCUUGCGUCUCGUGUUCUGUCCCUUACGGUCCACGAGGAUGUGAAGAAGGAAUGUCGUCUCUUUUUAUGCCGAAUCCGCAAGAUUGUCCUGGGCUGGACAAGAGAGCUUCAAGGACAACUCCAAGCUAGUACCGAAGAAGGCGAACGUACUAAUCUCCGAUCUAGGUGUUUAGAAGUUUCAUUAAUCGGCUAUUUGACUUUCGGAGCCAAUAACGAAUAUGUUCCGUCGCUGCUCACAGACCAGUCAGACGUUUCCGAUGCCGUUGAAUUUAUGGUUUCGAUCCGCGAUAACUGUCCCACGGUGGAGAAAGACGUCAAGGCUCCGCUUCGUCAAUUACUACAGGAGUCGACUGUCCUGUUUCUUCGGCUCGAAGAUCGGAUCCGGGGCCUGGUCCAUGCAGACAGUUCAGGUCUCGACCAAGGCGUUACGCAAAUCUGGAAAGACUACCGGCCUUGCGUAGAAUGGGCCGCUCUUCCAGCUCCGAAUCAGCAUUGGCUUACCACAAAGACACGAUCUACGCCAACCCAGAGCUUCGCCACCGUCCACCUGAACAUUUUAACCGGCCAAUUGCUUCUCAAAGGGAAGCCGGUGUCAAGACUCCCUUCGUACUACGAAUCUCACGAUACUUUUCAGCGGCUCUUUGGCGCUAAAAUCCUUGAUGUUGUUCCCUCCACCUCAGAAGGAAUGGAAUUUGCGGUGCGCAAGCAAAUUGAAGGUCACCAGGUUCAUUUCAGAAUGGUCCAAUCUGAGAUCAUUGUUCGUGCAACUGACGAAUACGGCCAAGAGUUGGAGCUAGUUCCGACACAUGCUCUGGAGGGGGAUUUUCCUAUCGCGUUUAUUGAAGAUUUCCACCACUGGCGGAACGUGGUCACUGGUGUUGUGGAGUGGCAUCGACUUUCAUCACCAUGGCUUCGAGAGCCACACCCGUGGCAUCUCAUUCCCGAUGGCCACAACGUGUACCGGUUGCGACAAGGAUGUACAGCUCUCAUAGACCCCGAAAGCCCCACAGGUCGCAGCCUGUCCUCCUUGCUCCAUCCUCUGGAACACAAAGCUCACCUUCAUGCAAUCCUAGAUACGCACACGAAGGAGGUUGCUGCCCACCUCCCGCGGCUGAAUUUAGACUUCGCUCUGGGGCCUGACAUGUCCAAUUUGAAGUCUAAGCAAUUUCGGGGACUGGUAGUAGACCGAAAUCAGGCCAUUGGAACAUUGACUGGGCUUAGAUCAAAACUUGUUCUCAGCACGCCUGGUGGUACUGGUGGCAGUAACGAGCGAUGCGUGAUUGUACCUUUCGGAAACGUCGAAUUCGCCCGUAGCGGUCAUCAUGUCAACGUCAGCAUCGAGACUGGGACUACACACCAGGUCGGGUACUACGUAUACGAUUUGGACCGUAAUCUGAGAAAGCUGACCGGCAACACUACUUUGAGGGGCAACCUCUUAAAGACUUAUCUUCACGCCGUGACUGCUCACUGUCUGCCGGACGAAUUGACAGCGAGGACCGGCACGGAGGAGGCUCUUCACUGCAUCCGAAGCGUAUCUAUGAGAUCCUUUGAAAAUCCCUCGAACGAUGAACUUGAGCUUUUCAAUAUCAUCUCUAGUCUAACGCCACGCCGUAACUUUUACCCGGCCGGUAAGAAGUUGAUGCAGACAGUAGAUUGGUCCGAUCUGCCGCCGCUUUCGCAACACAAUGGGUUCGUUACAGAGAUUGACAAUAUCCUUCGGCACUAUGCGAAGCUCAGCUUCUUUCGCGGUGAUUUGGCAGAGGCGGCUGUCAAAAAUAUGACGGACGAUGAGAAGUUCCUUCUGGAGAGAGCCACUCUCCGCGAUGCUAUAUAUCGCCUUGAUGGCUUUGGGGCGGAGACUUAUACUACAUAUCACGACGUCGAAUAUAAUGCUCGUGAUCGCUGUUUCAGAAGCGAAGGGGAGCUCCGAUCAUAUACCGCUGCGAGGCUGGCAUGUAGCUGGGCCGUCUCCUUGAACUGUGGGUUCAACAUACAAGCGUACUUGGAAGGCUUCGGGAAUACUCCCAUCAACGGCGUCACUGGCCCCUCACACCCGAAAGCUGAUAUGAUUCAGCAGUUGGGGUAUGAUCAGUUCUGGCUCAAGGAAGGCAAGGAGUUCCUACCUGAGCUUUGGUGCGCACUGCAGUAUCGCUUGUCUUCAGCGGAUCAGUCAAAAGACAAAUAUCGGAUCAGCUUCUUUCUCGCAACACUAGUUUUCUGCGGUUGGGAUGAUUCCCCAGAGUCGCGUCUUCCUGACCUACUCAAUGAGUCCAGCUUGACCUCCUGGAAUCGCCGCAACGACCAAUACAAGAAAGCUUUCAGUUUGCACGCCCAGGAAUUUGCCGACGCGCUCAUGCCGCAAUGGAGAGUACCAUUUGGCGAUAAUCACCCACUUUUACACCCUAGAAAUGCCGUCGCCACAUACAUCGCCACUGAUGCGAUCUGGGAUGUCCAGACAAGGUUUUGUGAAUGUGCUCGGAAUGCGGAACUGUUGAACUACGUCGACAAGGCGCAAUUUACAUUGAACAAUCUGAACCGAACAAUCUCCGUGCCAGAUUUGUACUUGUUUCCAUCCCGGGCGUCCAGAAAGCCUCGAAGAAAGGGUUCCAUGCGAUACCUCGAUGUAUUCCAGGUAAUAGCACCAACAUUAAAGAGCCUGCCGAAGACCGGAAUCUCCAGUCAUUUCCUGAAAACUAAGGUCCAAACCAAGGUCCAGGAUCAAAAACACCACAUGGAGGCCCUGCUAAGUCGCCUUAGCUCCAAGCCCAAGGAUGGAUUUGAGAGAGAGUAUGCCAAAGACUUGCAGCGAAGCUACGAAUCACUCGAUGCUUCCGACGCCCUCCCAGAACUUUCCGGCUCGAAGGAACACUUAGAGGCGGCAAUUGGAGACUACCUGAAGUCGUGCAACCAGCGCGUUGAGCACAUUUAUAAUCAGAUCUGCGAGGCAAUGCAAACUGGAAGCACCUACAUGACGGCCCCAAGUGUAUGGACCGACCUCGCACCACGACUCUCGCCCUUGUCCUUAUUGCAGCACCUGUCAUACCCCAAGCGAGAAAGCUUGGAUAUCAAGUGGAAGAAAGUCUUGAUCCAGUACGGCUUAGCAAUUACUGACCUUCAACGAGCCCAGCGCCUUGUUAGAGUAUUCAAAGGCUAUGUUCGAAAUCCAGUGGAUCUUCAGAAAGAGCUUGCCAACCCAGGUCACGAGAAUUGGGACCCGAACACACUUCCAGAUUGGCUACUUCUGGAGCUUGAGGGCAAUCUUCUAGUUCGUCCAGUACAAGCUCGAAUCGCAAUGGCAAUGAUUGAACCAUCAUCCCAUUUGAACUCAAUCCUGCAGCUCAACAUGGGUGAAGGAAAAUCGUCUGUAAUCGUACCAAUCGUUGCGGCGUUUCUCGCCGACACACAAAAACUGGCGCGGGUGGUUGUGCUAAAGCCAUUGGCUCCACAAAUGCUCAAUACGCUGAUUUCAAAAUGCAGUGGGUUGCUUGCUCGACCUAUUUACUACAUGCCUUUCUCUCGAUCACUUCGGGUAUCGACCGAACAAGCCGCCCAGAUUCGCGAGUUGUACCAAGAAUGUAUGCGCAUGGGCGGCAUUCUUCUCUCACAGCCUGAACACCUCUUGUCAUUUGAGCUCAUGGGUUACGAGAGCAUUCUCUCCGAGCAGCUACGGGUGGGGCAUGAGAUGGUCAAGACUCAGCAUUGGCUACACGACCAUGCGCGGGACAUCCUCGACGAGAGUGACGAAAUCCUCAGUGUUAUCUUCGAACUGAUAUACACAAUAGGCACGCAACGUCAAAUUGAAUUUAGCUCCGGUCGAUGGAACCUGAUUCAGAGUACAUUGGGACGAGUCUCUGAGCUUGCAGUCAAGAUGCUUGACGAAUUCCCUGAGGGCAUCGAGGUGGAAGCAAAGAACGGACCCGGAAGCUUCCCCCACAUUCGCAUUCUUCAACCAGCAGCUGGGGAACAUCUCCUCGAGGAACUCGCUCACGACAUUUGUUUUAAAGGGCUUCCGACGAGUCUGCUAAAAGUUCGAAACCUGCCAAAGCACACCCGGAAUCAGCUCAUCAAACUCAUUACAGAUUUGAGGGUGUCGAAACAAGAUAUCGCGUCAUUGCUCGAAAUGAAAGCUGACAGCAUGAUUGACGAGUCGAUGUGGAACACAAUCCUAGUUCUGCGGGGCAUUAUUGCGUUAGGCGCUCUCAGCUUUGCGUUCAAGGAGAAGCGGUGGCGCGUUCAUUACGGUCUUGAUCAAACUCGGUCCCAGCUCGCAGUUCCAUUCCGAGCGAAAGACAUGCCGUCUGCGCGUGCGGAGUAUAGUCACCCAGAUUCGACUAUUAUAUUGACUUGUUUGUCCUACUACUACAAAGGCCUUUCUAAUGAGGAACUCCUGAACGCCUUCGGCGCGCUUUAUCGCUGCGACAAUGCGCAAGAGGAGUACGAAGCUUGGAUCUGUAACGUCAAAGGCAUACCUCUGGCAUUUCAGCAGGUCAAAGGGAUCAACCUGCAGGACGUGGAAGUGUUCAAUAUCAAAGUACUUCCGCAUCUCCGUUUCGCGAAAGGAGUUAUCGACUUUUAUCUCUCACAUCUGGUCUUCCCGCACGAAAUUCGUGAGUUUCCUCAGAAGCUGUCUUCCUCCUGCUGGGACAUCGCGCAGGCGAGAGUCCACCAAACUACUGGUUUCAGUGGAACGAACGACAGCAGGUACAUCCUUCCACUAUCAAUCGAGCAGUCCGAUCUCCCAGAGCAACUGCACACCAACGCGAUGGUCAUGGACUACCUUUUGGGCAGGGAAAACAAGUACCAGCAAAUUCAAGCACAGCCAGGAAUAGCCGUCAACGCUAACGUGCUCCUCGAUAAUGUCAUCCACUUAAGCCCACCAGUACGCGUCAUCCUUGAUGUUGGUGCUCAAGUUCUUGAUCUUGAAAACGAAGGAGUCGCGCGUCGAUGGCUAGAGCUCACGAGUGGCCAACAAGAGGUGCAAGCUGUAGUAUUCUUCAAUGAUGAGGACGUUCUUUGUGUCCUUGAUCGGAACGAGACGCUGGAGCCUCUCAACGUUUCUCCGCUCUUACGCCAAAUGGACCGAUGCCUAGUGUAUCUUGAUCAAGCACAUACGCGAGGUACAGACCUGAAGCUUCCCCUCAACUAUAGAGCUGCCGUCACCCUAGGGCCGCUGCUGACAAAGGAUCGAUUCGUGCAAGCAUGUAUGCGCAUGCGCAAUCUGGGAAAAGGCCAAUCCGUCGUCGCCGUUGCGUCGAAAGAAAUCGAAAAGCAAAUUCAACACUGUUCGAGCAAAUCUUCAGGGAACCAGAUAGCCAUGGAUGAUGUUUUAGAGUGGUGCAUUCAGAACACGUGCAUGCAGACGCGAAAAGAGCUCCCGCUAUGGGCUCACCAAGGAUUGCGAUAUCAGAAGCAACAGUGUGCGUUGCACGAGAGCGUAAGUGGUUUAGAGGGUGUGUUGUCUUUAGAAGUCACAAAAAUGCUUCUCGAGCCGGAAGCACAGAGUCUGGAAGAGCGGUACGGAUUGGACUCGUCCAGAUCACUUCACAGCAUCAUCACCGAUUCCGAUAGAGAGACGAUGAUGCAUCGGAUAGAUCAGGUCAAUGCGAUCAUCCAGAAGUGCAUGAAGUACAACAUCACAUCACUGGCCGGGGCGACUUUGCAAGAAGAGCAAGAACGUGAGCUUUCCCCCGAGAACGAGCGAGAGCAGGAGGUAGAGCGACCGCGACCCAUGGAACCAUGCCGCCACACGAUAGAUCCUAUCAUCCGGAACUUUGUGAAAAGUGGGAACUUAUCACCCUCAGGAUGGGGAGGGGCGUACCAAGAUGCCUUCGCCAGCUUGCGUUUCACCAGCGCUGGAGAGCACACCGGGAUCGGCGAAUGGCCGAUGGAUGAUCUCCUAGUCACUCGCGACUUCGCGAAAACAGUCCAGAUCCCAGACCAUGAGACGUCCGAUUUCUAUAUUCGGCCAGUGAACUGGAUCCUAAGUCGCACCAAUGCGCGCGGAGAAGGCACUUACCUGAUCAUCAGCCCGGCGGACGCAAAUGAGCUGCUCCCAUCAAUCAUGGACUAUCGUCAAGUGACCCUACAUACCUACUGUCCCCGCAUCCGGCUCUCCAUGCGCUCGUUCGAGGACCUCUCGUUUUGUGUCCUUCCUGCAUUCUCUCCUCCGGCUCUCCUGCCACAGCUCAUUCCCGUCCCAACUCUAGUCAAUCUUUUCGCAGGCCAGCUCUACUUUCGAAGCUGGGAUGAGUACGAUCGAGUGCGUCUGUUCCUGGGCCUCUGCUACGAAACGCAACAUGCGAGGAGUGAUGGGUUUGUGAUGCCGCCAAAUAGGAGCAUGGUGGCGCAUUCGCUGAAGGACUGUCGCUUCGCCGUCUCGCCGAUUGGAUUCUUGAGGGCGCUGGUUGGCAUCAGGCGAAAGGGACAAAGUUUCGAGAGGUCGCACAUGGGUACCCUGCUACGAGGAGAGGAGAUCAGUUCGGACGAGCUGGUGGAAGUGUAG